UGUUUAAAAGAUAAACAGACAAACUGCAGAUGAAGAAAUCAGUUUCAUAACAAACCUUCCAUCCUCAUACUGCCGCUAAAGGUGAUAAGUUUGUGGACUUAAAGAGACUUUAUUGUCAUUGUUCAGAAGUACAACGAAGUUUGUCAUCGGGAGCUCCGAGCCGCUGCGUCUGUGUGCGCCGCCAUCUUGAAGACUUUGCAUCAAUGCUGCGUUUGAUCGCGACAUCCCUGUGCCUCCGGUGCCCACAUGUCUCAGCUCUGCCUCUAAACCUCAGGCCAUGUGCGACGCUCAGCUCAGCAGAGAAUCAGCAAACUGUGGAUGCUCUUUAUGAUCUCUCUGUGGACAUCCAGAAGGUCCGGAAACUUAAGGGCUGGGUGCUGCACCAGAGUCCAGCCUACACUAAGGAGGUUGCCGACCUGCUGAGGAACAUGGGGGCUUCGGGCCCCAUCAUUGCUCGUAUCUUGGGAAUUCAUCCAGAAGCUGUCCUCUGUAAUCCAAAGCACAUGCAGACUCAGAGAGAGCUGUGGACGUCUGUGUGUCCAAACCAGAAAGACCUGGUUGCUAUCAUCGAGAAGUUUCCAGCCUCCUUCUUCACGUCCUCCAGCCACCAUGACAACCAGCGGAACAACAUCGCUUACUUCCAGAGCUUAAACCUCAACAAGCGAAUCAUCACCAAACUCAUGGCCAGCGCUCCCCAGAGCUUCAGCCGGCCAGUAGAGCAGAACCAGGUGAUGGUCUGCACCCUCCAGCAGGCCUACCGGGAGCUGGGAGGGGAGGAGGCCAACAUGAAGAUCUGGCUUCAGAAGCUGCUGAGCCAGAACCCGUUUGUUCUUCUCAAACCCCCGGAGGUGCUGAGGCAGAACCUGCUGUUCCUGCGAGACAAGGGCUUCAGCACGGCAGAGCUCCUCCGACUCCUCUCCAGUCUCAGGGGCUUCGUCACCGAGCUGAACCCAGACAGCAUGCGCUCCACCCUGGCGUACUCCCAGGACACCAUCGGCUGCUCUGAGGCCGAGCUGCGGGACAUCAUCCUCAAGUGCCCGGCUCUGCUUUACUACCCCGAGUCUAUCCUGGACGAGCGCUUUAACGGCCUCCUCAGCGCCGGCGUCAGCAUGUCUCAAAUCACAGAGACUCCGACCGUCCUGGAACUGACCACGCAGAUAGUGAACUAUCGCAUCCAGCGCCUGAAGGCACAGGGUUAUGAUGUGAGGACAGGAAGUCUGCAGGUCCUAAACGGCACCAAGAAAGACUUUGAGAUGAGCUUUGGAAAACUACAACUCCGCAGAGAGAGGCCACUGUUUAACCCCGUCGCACCUUUAAAAGCAGAUGACUGACAAAUAGACGAUUGUAAGCAUGAAUUUAAAGGGACACUAUUAUGGUUAUUUUUUUU